AUGGAGACAAUCACUUAUCUUCAGAUUUUCAAACUUGUUUUUUUUAUUUUGUGCCAAUGUUUCACCAUAACCUCUGGAAUUCGCGCUUUGCGGCUGCCAUCCAGCUUCACAGCUAUCGAGGGAGGAAGAGCUGAGUUCAACUGUACAGCAGCAGAUAAAACGUCCGAUGAGGAAUUAUACUGGGCUAUAAAAUGGGACGAUGGCUCACUCUUAAAGUGGUACUAUCUCCCAGCUGAGAGGACCACAAAUCAUGAAUAUUUAUUCCGUGGUACGGCACUGACGACGACCAUCCCCGUUGCAACCCUCGGGGACCAUGGCCGGUACUCCACGGUGCACCGGCAGGUAAGCACUUCAAACGGGUCCCAUGUGGACCUCUGCUUGCUUCAAAUCGACAACACCCAAGAUGAAGAUCAAGGGAAAUUUCACUGCGUAUAUAAAGUGGGUGACUCUAUCCGUAAUAUUUAUGCAACGGGACAAAACAAUCAGGCGCAGCUGACGGUGGUUACGCCGCCCGAGGGAGACGUGCCGUCAUGCGGCGUGUCUCAAAUCGCCACCGCUGACCCGACGUUUGGAGGCGCUCUGGUAGAGCUUUCUUGCAUCUCCUCGAUUGCUUCCAAUCCUUUACCAACUUUAACCUGGGUCACAGGAGACAAAGAGUUAUUCUCAACAACUGGCAACGCGAACUUGUACCGAUAUUCGUUGAAAGAACAGGAUAAUGGACGGGAAUUUGUUUGUCUUGUGACGCACCCGAGUUUGGUGACUCCGCGUAAGUGCUCAGUUUUGCCUUUAAACGAACCACCAAAUGGUGUUAUAACGAAGGAGAAUUCAGUGUCAGCGGUGGGAUCAAGUGCAGUGUUCAAAUGCCUCGGAAGCGGAAUUCCAUACAUAGUAAAAUACACCUGGUUCGUAGGUGAAAGCUCAUUCAGUCAUUCCAACACAGAUGGGACAAACACUCCGGAAAUAUCUUACGUCGGUUCGGAAGGUUCAACUUUGAGGUUGCCAAACUUAAAACGCUCUUCAAACAACACAAGGGUUACCUGUGGGGUAAGCCUUCCUUCUGGACUAUCUAGCAAUGCCUCGGCCUGGAUUCUCUUGAGAGAAAGCCUUCCACUCUCGGUUGCUAUAUCACCAAAGCGUCUCCGUGUAUUUAAAGAUUCAGACAUUUACACAUUCACCUGUUUUGCUGAAACGGAAGACAGUCAGCAAUUGUUUUACACCUGGUAUGUUGACAGUUUGCAAAUUUUUACUAACACCACCUCCGAGAAUCAUCCAUUUGGAAUAAAAAACAUAGGUCACUUAGGGUCAACUUUGCUGAUUUCAAAGGAACGAGCCUUGAUGUUUGACAAUGACGUCAUGAUCACUUGUGACGUCGCUACUACAACUGGAAUCAAAGCAACUGAUUCUGGCAUCUUGAUAUCUCAGAGAGACACACACAUUACCGUGAAUAUAACACCUAAGGUUUUUGAGACAUCCGUUGGUGGUGAGGCCAACUUCAGAUGUGCAACUGAACCGGUUGCUCCUCAAAACUCAACAUUUGUGUGGAUGGUCAACUGUCUGCCGGACCAACAGGCUCCAGAGGACUUCUGGUCCGAGUCUGGCAGCCAGACCAUCACGCUGAGCACACUGAACCAUGCCACACAGUGUGAUAUAACAUGUUCGGUCUCCAUGCUCUCCGGACUUACUGCAUCAGCAACCGGCCUCUUGGUUGUUCAUUCUCCGGAGUAUCAAUCUAUUUCAAUUGGGGAGGUCAAGCAGCCCGAGACCCGCUCCACUGAAUGGCGUCUCCCGAGCGCUCUGGCUGCCGGGGGAGUCGGCACUAUCCUCGGUAUCUUCUUUUGCUCCAUGCUCCUCCUCUUGUACAGCUGCGCGAAAGGUUACAACAGGUACAACAAGACAGGUGGUACCACCAGCCGAGUUCAAAUCAGCACCCCUAUCUAUGAGACAAUUAACCCACAAUGUGGGAAUCGAGACCAGGUUCCUCCCGAGGUACCCCUAUCGAGUAUGAGGCAGUGCCAACAGCAGUCUAAUGCCACCUAUAACAGACCCCCAAUCGAACUACCCAUCUUGCAAGUAGCUAUGCCCGUACAGAGGGUAGGUCCGCAGAGAGUGGACCCGCAGCCCAGGGUGGACUCCUCACCACAACGGGCAACCCCACAGCAGAGAGUCGGCUUGCAGAGGGUACCGAGCUCUGAGUCUCAAGUCGACUCGUUGACGAGUUCAAUCUCCAAGGAUUCACUGGACUUUAGCGGGAUGAACUCCAGCCCGUCAACGGCAACGUUCGGCAGGGAUUCUGAUGACUCUGACGACCACGAGUACGAGAGCUGUGAGAUCACUACGUGUGUCUGAUCAAAGCGGAUUCCGGUGUGACAAAGUAAAGCAUUGUAAUUUAACACAGUCAGUACACUGCAAAAACUGAGGUGUUAAACUAACACCAUGCUGGGUGUUUUCACAUAUAGAUACUAACACAUGAAUCAAAAUGUACACCGUGUACAUUGGUGUUGUUUUUAACACCCUAGAGAUGUCAAUUUGUAUUCUCUGUUCGGUAUAUAUAAUGUGAAAACACCCAUGGUGCCAGUUUUAACACCCCCAGUUUUUGAAGUGUAGUUAUUCCGGAGACGGGAUGAUAUGACCUCAUUUACAAAAGCACGAAGGAACUAUGAGAUGGACAUAAUAAUGCGCACUUAAUAAAAGGGUCUGGGUACUUUUUGCGGGACUAAAAAACACAAAAUAUUACUUGCUGAGGUGCUGUAG